AUGCCGCGGCCCAGUCGCGACUCGUACGGCGACCAAAAACCACCGUACAGUUACAUAUCGCUCACGGCCAUGGCCAUUUGGAGUUCGCCCGAGAAAAUGCUUCCGCUGUCCGACAUCUACAAGUUCAUCAGCGACCAGUUCCCGUACUACAGACGGAACACGCAACGCUGGCAGAACUCACUCCGGCACAACCUGUCGUUCAACGACUGUUUCGUGAAAAUCCCACGAAUGCCAGACAGACCGGGCAAAGGUGCUUACUGGGCUCUGCACCCGGCCGCCCUGGACAUGUUCGAGAACGGUUCGCUGUUACGGCGCCGCAAACGAUUUAAGCUGGUCAAGUCCGACAAGGACAGAUUGGACAACGAACUGAUCGCUCUGGCUAACAAUUUGGCGCACAUGCAGCGCAACCAUCCAUCCAUGUCGGCGGCCUCGUCGUUGUCGUUGGCGGCUACUUCGUCGUCGGGCGCGUCGUCCGCGUCGUCGUCUUCGCCGUGUUCGUCGUCGGCCGGCAGCCCGCCACCUCCGACGCAGCCACAGCCACCGUCGUCUCAACACGGUGCAGCGGCCGCUCCCCAUCACCAUCAGCUGCACUGUUACGACGACAGCAGCAACGGCGGCCGUCGACGCCGCCACCGCAGCCGCAGCCGUAACAUUGCGGCACAUCAUGACCACCGGCACGCCAUCAUCGCCGUGGACGCGGGCACCGCUUGCACAACCAAGCCGGCGGUCAAAAGACCGUUCGACAUCGAGAGCCUAAUCGGACCCGAUCCGUUGUCGGCCACGUCUCCCGCCGCACCGGCGCAGCCGCUGGCCGCCGCGGAUUACACGGACGACGAUGACGACGACGACGUAGACGACGACAUUCUACGGCGAUUCCCGUCCAUCGUGCCGGCCGCGUACCGAGCGCCGUUGAUGGUGCCGUACGAUUUCCAUCACGCGGCGGCCGCCGCGGCGAUCGCGUUCCAAGACCAUCACCAACACCACAUGCACCACAGCCAGCUGCAACAGUUACACCAGCACCACCACCAACAACAACAACACUAUUUACGGUACGCCGCGGCGUCUUAUUUUCCGCACAACUAA